AUGUACUUGCUCAGUAUUCCAACCCUGCUGGCAUCAGCAUGCCUACUCCCAUCGUUGGCAUAUGCCCACGGCCAUGCGCACGCUCACGCAGACACCCUGGACGCGGACAAGAUUGCCUAUCUCGAGCAGCUUCACGCCAAAUGGGGCACAGAUUGGUCCUUCUCCGGCAUCUCGACUUUUGCCCAUCUACCACACUUCAAGUGUCUCACACAGCCGGACGAGGACUUUGACAUUGGCAUCAUCGGUGCGCCCUUUGAUACCGCCGUCAGCUACCGACCUGGCGCGCGCUUCGGUCCCAGAUCCAUCCGUGCCAACUCGGCUCGCCAAAUUUCCUUUCGCAGCUUCAAUGCGCGGGCUGGCAUCAACCCUUACACUUCGUGGGCGCGCAUCGUGGACUGUGGGGACAUUCCCGCCUCGCCCUUUGACAAUGCCCUCGCUCUCCACCAGAUGAGCGAGGCGUACAUUGAGCUCGGCAAGAGGAACGCUCCCAACCCAUCAGACGGGUACAGGGGCAAGUCGCGUCUCUUGAGUCUGGGAGGCGACCACAGCAUUGCCUUGCCUGCGCUCAGGGCGCUUAAAGAACGCUAUGGCCAGCCCAUCUCGGUACUGCACUUUGACGCCCAUCUCGACACCUGGCACCCAGCCAAGUACCCUUCUGCCUGGAUCGACGACGACGUCGAGUUUGCGCAGAGCUACUUCAACCACGGCAGCGUCUUUUGGCUGGCUGGCGCAGAGGGCCUCAUCGCCAACGGUUCGUCUGUCCAUGCUGGCCUGCGCACCCGUCUGUCGGGUGGUGACUGGGCUGACUACGAGGAGGACACCCAGCAGGGCUGGUAUCGCAUUCCAGCCGACGACAUUGACGACAUUGGCGUCCAGACUGUCAUUGACCGCAUCAUGGGCAAGCUCGGUACGGAGAGACCCGUGUACUUGUCCAUUGACAUUGAUGUCAUUGACCCGGGCAUGGCGCCUGCCACUGGCACCCCGGAGCCUGGAGGCUGGACGACGCGCGAGAUGAUCCGCAUCAUCCGUGGGCUGGAGGGUCUGAACCUUGUCGGUGCGGAUAUUGUGGAAGUCAGCCCUCCAUACGAUGACCGCGUCGAAGGUACGGCGCUGGCGGCUGCCCAGCUUGGCUACGAGCUGAUCACCAGCAUGGUCAAGAGGGGCUUGGAAGAGAAGAAGGACAAGACAGAUGCGAAGGAUGAGCUAUAG